UUUCCAAUGACCCUCGGGGGAUUGGGACCCAAAACUCUUCAGAGUUCGUCAUUUAGAUGUUUGAUGUCUAGAUUUAAUGCACAGAAGUUAACAAAGUAAAUUGUAUUAUUGCUGCGACAGACUCACAGUAAUUUAGCACAGACCAUAGGGUGACCACUAUGUGUUAUUUUUACUGUCCUACGCCUUUUUCAUGCUCAUGUAAUGUGACAGAAUAUGCAUCUGUUAUGGAAAUUUAUUUGUGCAUAAAUUGCAUUAAACACAUCCGUGUAAAAAAUGUCAAGCCUGCAGACAAGGCACAAAUAUAUACAACAAGCCUUGCACAUUUUUGGGUUUCCCUUCAUUUAACACCUGAUUCAAUUCCUUGCACCCCCCUGUCCUGAUUACCACAGAGCUCUUGAGCUGAAUCAUUUGUGGUGGAACAGGGAAAGAACUAAGCUGCACAGGGCUCCGGCCCCCCAGGAUUGCAGUCUGACAUCCCUCAUCUAAACAUGGGAUCUAAUAAUAAGCUCUGAAGCAAUUAGCAUCCUUGUGUUUAUAUGUUUGUUCUUUAUAACUGAAGAACAAGAUGCUAAUCAACUAUGUUUUGUAUUUAUAAACAUAUGUAUAAAUAGAUCUAUUGCCAUUAUAUAGUUUAGUACAUGUUGGACAAUUGCGAUCUUUUAAUAAAACCCAUAUUUGAUUAAUCAUCAUUAUCCUUAUAUUGGGGUGUGACUAACUACUAUGACCACCUAAAUCGCACAGAUGAUAUUAAAAAUACAAAUUCAUACUCUUAAAAGUUUACAGAUUUACAUUCAACGACUGAUUGGAUUAUUCUCUUGAGUUCUACAUACUGCACCAAGUCGGUACUACGGACGCAUUAGAUUGUAAUAUCUGCUUUAGCCACACGGGGGCAUUGCCGCAUUGGGUAUUUCUUCUCUAAUCUAUUAGUCGCCAUAUUGGCCUGCUUGCAAGUCCGCCUCAGGCGGUGAGCAGCUCUGUAGGUUCCGAAGUAAUUAAUCUAUUGGUAGCUGUUCCUCAGGUGAAAUACACACCAUGGAAACCGUCGAAGCAUUUAAGUGCGAGGGUCGCACGUCGGUGAAAACCAGACACGAAAAGGCUGAUGAUUUACUAUAUUCGCUGAAUGAGCAUAGGCCUCCAAUCUCCAAAACAAAGAUGACCAAAAUAACCAAGAUGGCUUUAAAGGCCAAGAAGUUCUACAAACACGUUGUCCAGAGUGUGGAGAGAUUUAUUCAAAAAUGUAAGCCAGACCACAAGGUUCCAGGGCUCUAUGUCAUAGACUCAAUCGUGCGUCAGUCCCGGCACCAGUUUGGUCAGGAGAAGGACAUGUUUGGCCCACGAUUCAGCAGGAACAUCACAGCCACCUUUCAGGACCUACAGCGCUGUCCCUCCGCUGACAAGAGUAAGAUAGUGAAGGUCCUGACCCUGUGGCAGAAGAACGCCGUCUUCAGCAGUGACAUCACGCAGCCCCUUUUGGACUCGGUGGUUGGUUGGAACUCGCCCCCGGUUUCUGAUGCCUCAGCCGUCACAUCCAGCAGCGUGGAUCCCGCUGAUGCCUCCAGCCCAUGCCAGGUUGUGGGGGCCCCGCCGACAGUAGCCGGUGCCGACCCAGCCGAUGCAGAGCAGAGCUAUCCGGGCCAGGCCUUGCUGAUGAACAGCGCCGACACCAUGACCUUCGUCAGGCACGUGCUGGGGAGUCCCGAGGGGCAGCAGUUGGUCCGGAAUCUGCAGCUCCAGCGGAAGCGGAAUCCCCAGUGUUCUCUGCUCCAGGCCCUCGAUGCUGGACUGGUGGUCCAGCUACAGGCCCUGAGCUCCAAGCUCAUGGUGGACACAGACCCCAGUGUGCCCAGCAUCCCCGACUGUGGGCUGUCCUCUGUCAGCAGGCUGGUGCUGGAGACGACAGAAGGAUCUGGAAAGCAGGAUGCCGGAAAGAGUUCCUCCCAGCCUCAAACCAUUUUGGAGCCUGUAGCAGUCUAUCAGUCCCCCUCUUCAGCUGAGAAGCGGGACCUGGAUCGCAAACAGAAUCACCAGCCUCCUGAGACAUCAUCUGGGGUGGCUGUGCCUUCUGAGAUAACCAUCCAUCAGGAGCCAGUGGAGGCUGAUGGUAGACUGUUCUGUAAGCAGCUGGAUCCAGAUCCAUGUGAGGACCACAGCACUGUGGAAGGGAAGACAAUGGAGUCUGGGAAUGAAGGCGUAGGAGACAUGAGGCAGCCGUCUGGGUUGUGGAGCAGGUUGUGGUCUAGGUCUCCAAGGAAAAGGGGGUCAAGGUCUUUCUCGGGCUCCUGUAAAUUUGAGCUCCGUGACUGGUCAGCCUCUUCUCCUGGGGAAUGCAGUAGAACGUCUUCAUGCUCCUGCUCAAGUGAGCAAUGCACCCGUGGGCGAGAAAGAGGGCGGCGGCAAAAAGAGCUGCCCCCAGUUCGCCCAAGAACACUAAGUGUGUGCAGUUCAACACUGCGUGUGAGACGGCUUGGCAGCCUGCUCGCUGAGGAGGACGUCGCCAAUCUCUGCGAGGAGUUCGGCCCCAUCGAAUCCAUUCAGAUUAUUGCACCUGGGGACUGUGCCCACGUCUGCAUGGUACACAGAGCGGAUGCCCACCGCGCCCUGCAGGAGCUGCGUAUGGGGUCCCGCGAGAUCGGAUCCCCUGCCACUGAGGUCUCCUGGGCUCUGAACAGGGGGGUGAAGCUGGAGUAUCAGCAUCUGUGGGAUGAAGAUCUGGGGGUGACCUACAUCCCCUGGGGGAGGGUUACCUGGCACGACCUGGCCGGACUGGCGCAGGGAGGCGCCAUCGACCGGGAGACUGUGGACAGCGACUGCGAGACGGUCCUCCAGAUGGCAUCGUCCCGGGAGCCUGAGGGGCACGGCCCUAUGAGCUUGGAGCCUGGAGCCCACCGCAGCGCUCAGGCCAUGUGCCCUGGAGAUCCUGGAGCCGAGUCUCCCAUGCAGGCUCCCCCAUUGCCGUACUCUGGCCUUGCGGCUCGUCUUCCACGGCUGGGCUGUGCCACCCCCAAGGCCUGGCAAGAGCUCCAUUCUGCCUCUGCGGUGCCUCCAGUGGCCUCUGGCCCCUUAUCCAAGUCGCCCUCAGCCCUGGAGAUCUCCCAGGACAGUGUCGACAUGGUCACCACAGACUCUGCAGUCUAUGGAGCAGGAACCUCAUACCCCUGUCCGGACUCAGGUCCCCAGGCUGUUGUCAAGCCCAAUGGUGCCAUGCAGGGGACGCCGCAAGGGGUGCCGGCCUCCGCACGGUACAGUGUGGGACUCCUAGGCUCUUGUCCGUCAGUGUUCCUGCAGCAGGCAAACAUGGGCCUCUCGAAGGUGCCCAGGGCCCAGCGUACGGUGGGCCCACCAGGGGUGAGCCGAUGGCCACUCCAACCCCCGCAGCUGCGCGUGCCCAGCCCUGCCCCCCUCAGUGUGCCAAGAGGGUCUAGGAGGCCCAGCUGUUGGCCAGGCAUUCGGCCAGCCAGUCCUGACGUGGUGCCCAUUGACAGCGCGAUUUGGGGACACCGCCCGCCCCUUUUCAGGGCCCGCGUCAUGCCGCCUGCAAACCUCCACAGUGGGAGCCCCUUCCUGGGAGACUGGAGGAAGCACUGGCCGGGACCCCCCAGGGAAAACUUAGAAAUGCUGGAGAUGGGACGAUCUCCCUGGGUGGGGCCCAGAGGCUUUCAGAGCUGCCACCCACAUCCUUACUGUUAUGUCCCAAAAUGGUCUGAAGAUGGAACCAGGGGAGGAAGGCGAGGAGGAGGAAGAUGGCCGGCCAGAGGUCUGGUGGCUCGACAGCUUGGGCCUGACAGCUGCCUGCCCAGAACAGGACCAGAGGGGGAUGAUAACUCAGAAAGCUUGUAGGACAGAGAAUGGGAGCUGGAUCAAGCAAGGAUGAUAGAGACCCCAGCAUGUAGGGGGAGAACAGAACCUGACGAGUGGAGUAGUCAGAGGAGCGACUUUAUCCCCCCGGGAAAACAGCCAGGAAGCGGAGGCCCGCAGUGACUGGAAGCAGGUGUAGCCACUAAGGAGGCGCAGCCAUCAUUCAGUAGGUAAACACCAAUAUUCUGAUGCUUAAAAUAGGUGAAAGAGUGACCUCUCCUCCUGAAUGCUCAUUUGUUUAUGUUUUUGUUGAUCCUCUGGAUUAAAUGGCACGUCACUGUCACUGAGGUUAAUAGCAAAAAAAAAUGUAAUUCAAAAGUGAGCAAUGACAUACUUUGUCUGAUAUUUAUGGAAUAAUGGGGCUGUUUAAAACGAGGUGUGAUAUCAAACACUGCCGCCUUGUGGCCAUUUCUCCAUUUUUUAUAUUUCCUGAAGUUCGCUGAGUUCCUGCUCUUUGUAGAGAAAAUGCAUUCCUCAUUUAUAUUGUGAUUUACGGUCAGAAUGGUGCUGCAUUUCAGUUUAAAGAUUAAACUAUGUCAUCCCCA